AUGGUAAGUGAACCUAAUAUUUCAGAACUUAAAAGCACAAUCGACAGGGGGCAUGAUGUGGUUACCAGAUUAACUUUUGGAAAUUUCUUAAUGCGAAAUACUUAUAAUGAUUCGAUUAAAACCAUUCAAGAUAUUCAUGCUGAUAUUUAUAAAUUAUUAUUAGCAGAAAGCUCCAUGUAUUUUGAGAAUGUUGGUGACUCUAAUCUAAAUGAUGACAUUCAAUUCAAAGACCAAAUGUCGUCUGUAUUUGACGAUGUGUGGUUUAAAAUUCAAAAACCUUUAUUUGUUUGGUUCCAAACUUGGAAACUAUCUUUACCCAAGGAAAAAAGGCGUGGUUUGAAGGUUGCAGUUGAACGCAGGAAGUUAUUGUACAGGUUAAAACGUAUAUUUAAAAUUAUGCAUAGAUUUUAUUAUACCAUUAUCGAGAAAUUAUUGAGUAGACUUAACUUAAGUAAGAUCAUUCCAAAUCAAAUAAUUCAAGAACUUAACAUUAAAGUGUCUAAUAGGAUAGAUCCUCCCAUUAAUCCGCUAGAAUUUGGGGAGACAGUAUCUAUAGUACUGACGGAAACGAUAUAUCAGUGCAUAUUCUAUCUUGGUAAGAUCCAUUAUUGGCAAGUACUAUUAGAAAUUAGAGAGAUAAUUCUUUCUAUUGGGAAAUUUAGUAAAUCGAGACGUUAUUUAGCAAUGGCAAGUUCGUUAUUACCGUCAUAUGGGAAGACAUAUUCACAAAUGUCAUUGUUGUAUUUAAAAUCAGGAGAUGCAUUUGAAGCGUUGUAUUAUUCGAUUAGAAGUCUUGGAACCAAGAUACGACAUAAACACAGCAUGAUAAUGUUUAAGAACAUUAUCCAAGGAAACUCCAUUCGAAAUGUUAUAAUUGACUCAGAUGACAUACGAAAAAUGAGAGUUGAAGACGCAUUCUUGAUGGUUUUAAAGUAUUAUUAUAAUCAUAAUUAUUCUAAUACAAAACUUAUAAAUACAAUUAGCAAAAUGUUUUUUACAGAUUUUAAAUUCUCUGGCGGUCCUCGUGGGACUGAUAUAAUCUUUAAAAUGAUUAUAGUCAUUGCAGGUUGCCUUCACGAACGAAUGCCUAAGGAUGAAACGAAAAUGAAAUCUUUCCAUAAAGUUAUUUUGACUAAAAAUCAACAAAAAUAUUUAGAUUGGACUUUUGAUUUAGUUUCAGGAAUUUUUAAUGUAAUAAUUAUUAACAAUUAUAAAGAAAAAUUUAAUAAUGAGACAGGUUCAUUAGGCAUCUUACGAUUUAUUAUGUGUUGGAUUAAAUCAAACAAAUAUUUAUUACAAUAUGCACAUCGAAACAGGGGUAUUUGUAAGAUUCUAGCAAAUUCAGUUAAUAUGUUCAACGAUCAUCAUAUAGUUGGGACUAAUCUAUACGUUGAACAUCGUCCGGAGCGUCCUUAUUUAUUUCAAGAAGAUAUUUUGGUACGUGAAUUAUUCUAUAUUAAAUAUCGAUUAACUGAUUUUAAUGAUAAGAUUAUCUUUGAGCAUAAAGAUAUUGUUAAUGGCUUAUUAGGUUGUCCAGAAGACUCCUUAAAACUAUCGGUUUACUCUGAAAAUUUAUUAAGAUUAACAGCUAUUAUUUCAAGUAUUAUAAAAUUUUUAUCUAAUAAUAAAUUUGGAAUCGUGUGGAAUCGGGAAUAUAAAAUAUUUAAUUUUGACUUAACAUCAUUUGAGCAAUACGAAAAGAGAAGAGAGACUAUUACAUUGGAUAAAUCCAUUGAUUUAUACCAAAAGGAAAUUCGUCAACAACUUGAUCCAACAACAAAAAUCUUUAGUUUAACUACUCUAAUCGGCGAAUUGAGUCCCAGAAAGAAGAAACGAGGAGAGGGACAACAAGUAAAUGAAGCUGUUUUGGAGAAACGAAGACUUACUGAUAUAUCGUCAUCUCCAGAGAAGGAGUCAACAGAUGAUAAAUGUUCUCAAAGUGGGAUAUGUUUCAUACAGGACAGAUUGUUGUCCAGUGAAGGGAAAGAAGGAGAUUGGCGUAAUCCAAUACCAUUCACUGAUGAUUCUCAUUUCUCAUCACUUAUUGAUGAUGACGAAAUACCUUCACUGAAAUACUCUGAUUAUGACAUUAACGCCAAAGCUUCCUCGAUUCUGGAUAUAGUCGAUUUAAUGAAUGAUUUGUAG